AUGUCUGCAAAAGAUCUCUUCCUGAGUUGCAAGAAAGGGGACCUAAAUAGUGUCAGGUAAGCAUUUUAUUUUGCAGUUAAGUUUGCAUAUUUUGAGCUUUUAUAAAUUAGUUCCAUACAUACAUAUUUCCGUGGACAAUUAAAUUGUGACGUUAUUCGUAAAUUUCAGCUGGUAUGUUGGAAGUCAAGUUGUCCUUUAUAUAUCACUUCACACCUGAAGUAGAUAUCACGAUAAGGUUAAGACAAAACAUUGAAAUUUAAAGCUCAUCGCUUAAUGAAUUAAACUAAGCGUUUAAGAAGUGCAUAUACUUUUUUUAACUUCAGUGUUCUCAGUCUGACACGAUCUCCAUAAACCGUCUAAAAUUUCAAAGUUUUUGCACAGCUCUGUUAAGUGGUCUCGUACCAACGUCAAAUUAAAAUGGUUUUCCACUUGCAUUGCGCUACCCUGCGAGCAGAGUCUCCUUCGAUCUUCCUAGAGACUCUGCUCGCAGGGUAGCAUUGCGCUGACAUAAGUACAAAAAGGAAAAAUGGCAUGGAACGGUAACAAUAUACGAAUUAUCUUACAUGAUUUUUGACAACGCAGUGACAACGGCGUCCAAUCAGGUGUUAUUAAGACUUUUGUAAUUACAAAGAUGUGGCGCACCACAAACGUCGAAUCUCCAACUGCAAAAGCUAAAGGAAAGCCCGUUUUUACAUAACUUUUCCCGAUCUAACCAACCCAACCCCAGCUAAAACCGCGAACCGCUGGUGGGAAUCUUACGGACCCUCCUGUAACUAAAGUAGAAGUCAGAACGGUAACUUAAAUCUAAAUCAAAUGACGUGUGAGGGGGUAAGUGGGGUAAGUGUGCCUGGCAAUAAAAAAGGAAUAAAUAAAUAAAUAGAAGAAAAAUAAUGGGUAGUAAAGACCUCAAUAAACAAGAAGGAAGGAAAAUGGCCAUCCAAUCAUCUUUCGCUAAAAAUCCGUUCUAAUUAUCCAUGAAGUGGGUUUUGAGCAAGGCAUUAAACAAUUGAAAGAGGACCAUCAGUUGAGAUAGUCAAGACCUGCAUAAAACGUUUCAAAAUUGCAAUAAAGCGAAAAAGCACCAUCCAUGUAUAUGUUACAGGUCAAAAUUAAAUUCAGGUUAAAAUUUGUUACAAUAGGUUGAUUCUCAGUUUCCUUUGUCUCCUAGCUAGCCCUAAUUUUUCACGAAUUAGGGCUAGGAGACAAGGGGACUUGAGAAUUAACCAAGGUUAAAAAAAUUUUAACCUGUAUUUAAUUUUGACCUGUAACAUAUUCAUAUACGAUACUCCGUAAAUGUCAGUGGCAGAUUGGAACGCAUCGUGUUAAAAUUCACGAAGACAGUCCCAUUCUCCCGGGGGGUACUCCCUCAUAAGGGCUUAAUGGGGACGUGCGGCCAGCCAGGGUAUGUUUUUCGGGAUUUUUGUCUUAAACAGGGUAUCGACUUUAUCAUUUUUUGGCUUAAUCAGGGUAUCGAUUUAUCAAUUGUUGUCUUAAACAGGAUAUCUUUUCUUGGACGAUAAACAGCAAAAUGUUUACAAGCUCUAAUGUUAAAUUAAUAUUGACUUCCGUUGACUUAAACAGGGUAUCAAAUAUCGGAAUUCUGUCGUAAACAGGGUAGGAAAAUCAGCGAUAUUUGUCUUAAACAGGGUAAGGGUAUGAGGGGCCGCGACGCACCUCCCCACCCAGGGAUAUAUCGAGUACCCCCCCUCCCCGCGGGCCCAUUCCAAAGAACGCCACUUUCGCAUUUUCUAUAAUGCACUCUCUUUGUAACGUGAAAUUUUUCACUUUCUCUUGGGAUUUAAAAUUUUCGCUGUAAAAGUUGAAAACAAUAAUUGUGCAAAAAUUUUGGUAGGCAAAUAAAGUACAUCAAUGUGAGGAAUGUGAAAAUGACGAAUAGCUUGUGAGCUGUAUCUUUCUUCCCCCAGUAUAUUUUAAAAUUCCUCAAAUAAAAUUAAUAAAUAAGCGAAAAAAAUUCGAGUUAGCGGGGGAUUCGAGUUAUCCGAGUGUAAGUUAUCGAGGUUCUCCUGUACUGUUGUUACCCUUUCCUCAAGAAUUCCAUUCUUUGUUGGAAUUUAUUACGUUUAAAGGAUAAGUGUUCGAGCUUCACGCUCUUUUUAUUAAUCAACAGUUGUUAAUUUAAACUUUAAAGAUGAAAUAGGCUUAAACAGGCUAGCCAAAGCUGUGUUGUUUUUAGCUGCGGUUUGUGACCGAUUAUAAAAAUAUACAUUGUAGGAAAAUGUGGUAGCGUUAUUUACCGUGAUGUUUUUAAGUUCCCAGGUAUAUAAACCGUCCUUCUAGUUAAAUGCAAGAAAAAGCCCCUUUGGACCCACCCAACAACCUUUUCAACUUUAAUUUUGGUUUUAUGAGUCAAUUUAAUCGGACUGAUCCACGUCUUUUUUGUCAGCGUUGGAAAAUGACCAGUAAGUUAGCGAAAAUUAGAAUUAGUCAACUCGACGGUCAGAAGCGAGCGACGUUAUUGCUCCCCAAAGUCGCGAUUUUUUUAUAGAGACGCUUCAAAUGGCAGGGAGCACAAUCUCCCCCACCCACCCCCCACUAUACACAUGGAUGUAUUUUCUCUAACUGGUUCAUGUCGAAAGUUAACAAAAAUCGUGGACUGUGGAAGGGUCGAUUACGGGCUUCAUGAUUUUGCAGAAACCUUGUGGAGAAUGGAGAAACGGAGGUGAAUUUGAGAGACCGCUGGGACAGCACACCGCUGUAAGUAUAGUCGGGCCGUUACUAGGGCAGCCGGGCCAUUACUAGGGUCGUCACGCAACGCUCCUCCCCACUAGUGGGAGGAGAGGAGUGUUGCGUGACGACCCUAAUAACGACUGCGAAGGAGACUACUGUAAGUAUAGAUUAUCAAGAUUUGUAAUGAUUUGUAAUUAGCACAGACAUGCAUCAACAUAAUCAACUUGCAGUCAUUUGCAGAGAGACCGCUGUUGUAGUUCACCAUUUUACAAGCUGUCACAAUUUAUCGUCUCGUUCAUGUCUGGUCUGGAAAGGGGGAUCCUGAUCCCGCGUCAGUCUCCGCACGCUCUGUUCUCACGGGAAUCCCGCGACGCGAACGUCCUUUGUGGCUAUCCCGAAUAUCGUUUUCUUUCCCAAUCCUGGAUCCCUCUGCCCAAAUUUUUGUGAAUCCCUCUUUCCGGGUAGCAGUCAAAUCCCCUAUCCAAUUAAUGUUGCCAAUCCCGCACUGUGUUUUGUUAAAUUCGGAUCCGUAUCCCAUUUAACGUUUCCCGUAUCCCGUACUGUAUUUUGGUCAAAUCUCGUAUCCCGUUUAACGUUUCCAGAGUCCCGCACUGUAUUCUGCUUAAAUCGUGGAUCCCGGGAAGACCCUUCCAGACCCGGUCAAUACGACGUUUAACUAAAGUUUGAAAUUUCACAGUCUCCUAUAUUCCAACUGAGGAUGUUGUGUACCGCAGUCUCGGCGCAGUAUUAGUAAUUUUUUAUGACGUACCACGUUAAAACCAAUUGUGUCAUCUUUCUCUGUUUCAUUUACAUUUAGAUAUUACGCGUGUCUCUGCGGUCAUGAGGCAUUGGUAGAAUUUCUUUUACAAAACGGUAAGUUAAUUUUUGUAAUUCAAGGGUAUACAUUACUGCGGAAGCGUGGAACGUGAGGUAGUAAACUCGAUGCGCCAAGAGUAAUCGGCUUCGACGACAAGAGAUCUGGGUACGAGAUUACGCUAAGAGAAGAGAUGCGUCAUCGCGAUUAAUUCUGCAAACAGUGACGUGUGUGUUAUUGCUGCUCUGAUUGGGUCCUUAAUUGUAGAUCCAUAGCUGAAGUAUACAUGUGUGGCCAUGUAGAAUGUAUCAUCAUUAGAUGUGUUACCGUAACGAAAUCGCCGUGGGCCUUUUUUCCAAUUAGUUCGAUUACCAAAAAAUGUACUUAAAAAUUAAAUCGAAACUUUAAGUUAUCAUAUUCAUGGGUAUUUGAAAGAAUAAGUCAUCAGGGCUGCCACUAAGGGACGGGGGCCGGGGAUUUCCCCCUGCUACUAUGAGUAUGUCCCCUGCUUAUCUUCCUAGGGAUCAAAACUAAAAUAAAAGCAAACGAAUUUCCUCGCUGUUCGAUUCCCCGCCUACUAAUUGCGUAUACCCUACAACUUGCAAUCUUAGUGAAUGACAACCCUGAAAUCAUGCUAUGUCCAGAUUGUUCAAGCCGUCUCAUCACCUGAAGGCAGUUAGAGUUACGACAAUUUCGUCUCGUUUGUUUUUUCAUCAGGAGCUUAUUGCACUCCAAAUACUUUUGAUGGAGAACGCUGUUUGUACGCUGCCCUGACAGACAAGAUAAGAAGUUUGUUGAAAAGCUACAAAGCCAUCACUCCUGAGUGUAUGAGACGGGAUUCAUACAGGGAAUUUCUCAGGAGGUAAUUGUUAAACAAACAUUUUCCAUUUUGCACUGGCCUGUUAUAGACUUGCUAACCCCUAAAAGGCAAAAAAAUGUGAGAUUCUGAACCCAGAGCUGGGAAAAGUAGUGAAAAAUGGGUAAGAGUCGUGAGGUGUCCCAAAUUUCCUAGCGGAAGGAAUUCCAGGGGGGAUUAUGCAUGAUUAUGGUUUAUGAUUUCCGCGCUUUUCUCGCUGCACGUAUUAACUUCCAAUUCUGAUUGGUUGAUUGAAUUGUCGGCGUCUACUAUGAUUGGUUAGAUUGAGUUAAUUCUUGUUAUGUUGCCGGCAGGUGUCUGGAAGAUUCCCCGUAUGCAGACGUGUGUUUCCUGGUGCAUGGAGAACCUGUGAAUGCUCACCGCGUGAUUCUGUCUGCCCGCUCCUCAUACUUCGCCCACAUGUUUGAGACCAAAUGGCGCGAUCGGCGCAUAAUUGAACUAAAACACAGACUGGUAAGACAAUCUGCUUGAUAAUGUCAUAGCGAGCAAUCUAAAGUUUUCAGUCAGUCUUAGCAUGCGCAAUAGGCGUUCGAAAGGGAAGGGUAACGUGAUUUCGCGCGCGCAUGAGGAGCGCGAAGGGCGCUCUCAAAUUCACCUCCCCUUUCCUUUCAAACGCCUGCCAGGCAGGCCAAAUCAGAUUUCAGUGGUAAGUUUGUUUCUUUUUUUACCUUCCCCAGGUUAAACCCUCUGCUUUCCGAGCCAUUCUUCAAUACUUGUACACAUCUCGCGUGCAUAUUGAUAAAGAGGGACUCGAUAACUGCAUCCGACUUGCCCAUCAGUGUCAAUUGGAACAUCUCAAGUCUCAACUUCAGUUGAGAAAAGAUUUCAUCGAAGCUUUCGGUAUGAAAAUGUACAUGAAUCCAGCACUAUUAAUUUUUUAAAUGCUCUACAACCACAUAAAUUAAAACACAAAAAUUAGACAUAUAGAGAGAGUGACAGUGGCGGAUUAAUGUCGAGUACCGUGCGUUUAGUAUUAAAAUUUGCUUCACGACAUAAGUUUGUUGUACUGCAUUUCAAGUUUCUGUGUCCAAAGAACUAAAGAUACUGAUACUAAACGUGUCAUCAUAAUUGUAGAAACGUCCAAAAUGAGAGAGAUAAACGUGGUCAGCAUUGAACCGGAGUCCCAGUCCACCGAAUUACAAGACGCGUUCGGACGAUUGGCGGAAGCUGCUCUCCCCGUUCCCUUUACAUCUCAAGUAGGUUCUUAAUGCGUGAACUGAUUUACACUUAGGAUUGUGAGGUGCGUCGCACGGGUAAACGAACUGACAAGCGAAUGAACGCCAAUAUUCCCACUUUAGAAACUCUUAGGGGAUUGGAUACAAGCUUUCGGUGCAAAGAUUUCUGGGAUCGUGUGGGUGGACAAACAUUACUUAUGAUUGGUUAAUGGUUGCCGUGAAUACCAACGACCAAUCAUAGCUAACGUUUGUCCAUCUAAGAGAUCCCAGAAAUCGUUGCGCCGAAAGCUUGUACCCAGCCCCCUUAUAGCUUCUGGAGUGGGGAAUUGCGAGCUGCCUCUCUCCAGUUUUCUCUUGGUUUGUUAUCUCUGCUUUUGACGGGCCAUUCAUGUCCAUUGGACUGACUAAAAAGAAAUAAAAAGGGUUUUCCAAAAGCCUACAAAAGAUUUGUCGUUAAGCACUCUUCUGAAGAAGCAAGCUAGUCCAACACAAUCCACUUUCAAAAAUAUCAUCCGUUUGCUUUGAACUGUUUGUUUUCGUUUUGUCUUUUCAGCAAUUUCCAAGACAGUUUCCUUUUGAAAUCUCCUCGGACCUUUUUGAUGGUUAGUUGUUGUAAUCAAUGACAUUUUGCUACUUUUGUUAACAUUUAUUUUUUUGUCAAAUCAGUUUUGUCGACUUUAAUUGAGGAAUGCGCGAGCAUUUUUAUUCUGAAACGGUGUGCCCCUGUGUACCUGUAUUAAACAAAGUUCAGUUGUUCUUUGAUUUACUUUGAGCUACGGCAGUCAUUCCUGUAAAUAUGUUUAAACGUUAUGAUUCAGUUUCAGUCUGUAGCGAUGAGACAUCGCCCUUGGUAGAUGUGUGCUUUAUUGUGGACAACUAUAGAUUUUACUGUCACAAGGUAAGGGUAGUAAUUACUUUGCCAGGAUAAAAUACUCUACAAAGGCUUCGUUCGACCUCUGCUUGCAAGCGCGCAGCUAGCUUGCUUACAAGUGUUUCCAGUCGAGUUAUUGCGCGAAAGUUGGUGCGAGAGCCAAAACAAAAUGGGGGAGGGGGAGUUGCUCUCGUUUUGCUUUCUCGACGAACUCGCGCGAAAAGCUUGCUGUCCAGGCUAGCGCACAGAGUGAAUUUGCGCUUGCGUAGUUUAGCCCUAUAUGUAGAAGGACUGUACUAUUCCCAUCAAACCUCCCUUGAAGAGCGCAAAAAUCAUACUCGUGUUUGUAGGGUCUAAGUGACCCCGGUAGUUUAAAAUUCGGUAUAUAUUUACAGAUCAAAGCAUUUUUGAUCGUUUUAAUAAUUCUCACAACCCUUUCUAUUGAUUGGUCUCUCUUCUGUGGGUUAACGAGAGUUGACUGCAUACAUUUUAGUUAUAGUUGUCUUCUAUCUUUUGCAGGUGUUUUUCUGUGGAAGAAGUGACUAUUUCCGAGCUUUAUUAGAGUAUAAGUUGUCUGAAUCUCCACAAAACGAGAUGUUCAAAGAGUCCAUUACAGAAGUCUACCUCAACGAUGUAUCACCGGACGUGUUCGCCGCGGUUGUAGCGUUCAUUUAUCAAGAUACAGCACUUGUAAGUGGAAGGGUAGUCUCCCAAAGUACCUAUACGGGUAUGGUCCACCCAAAGGGUUCAUGAUUUCAGAGCAGAAUAUCCAUAUUUGAAACAUUUCAUACAAGGAGACGAACCCACAAAAGUGUCGCAGUUUGAGUAGCAAAGUAAAUAUCACUUUUUAUACCAAAUCCCUCUAGGCGUUGUUCAAAUUUGAUGACGUAUGCGACAAAUACCCAUGCACCAAAACCGACUUUAUGACGGUGCAUGGCUGAUCCGGAUGUUGCCAAGUAAGGGUGCUGCGAAGGGCGUGAUCCUAUAAGGAGGCGGAGGGCCGCUCUCGAAAAUAAUAAGUCAGUCCUAGCGUUGGCCCUUUAAGCCUCGGUUUUGGUCCAGCAUCCGUUGGCCUUAGUAUUGUUAGUCAAUUGAUGGCUAUUUGGAGCUACCGACGUAAAAGAAGCCUUUCCUAUUUCCUUUACCGGUUACAUUAAGUUACUGAAAUUUUGGAUAAAAUUGAGUUUGAAGUUAGCCUGCGAACACAGACGUCUUCUCGGUCGUCUGCGUUCGCAGGCUAGUUUGAAGUUUCUUCUUGGGUACUCUCCUAUAAUACAAUUUUAGUUGAGCUUACCUGCAUAAAUAUUAAACGUCCUGUAAUCAAUUAUAUUUUCUGGGCAGGUUACCGAGGAGAACGUUUAUAGCGUACUUUGCUUCGCUGACGUGUACCUGCUAAACGGUCUGAAACGCCUCUGUGCACGCGAGAUCAGCUCGUUACUUGACCCUGAUAGCGUGGUUACCGUUUUAAGGACGGCGCGUCUGUUUAACUUGCCCGGACUUGAAGUGAACUGCUGUGAAUACAUCAGUAAACACUUGGAAAAGGUAACGUAUGCGCUUUGUUCGUUCUCAUGUGUUUACUGAAUUUUACAGACUAAUAAUUAGGGCUUACACCUCCAGGCAGUCGAUAAUAAGAGUCAGUAAUACUAGGGACAGUUACUGAAAAUCCUGCCUAAACGAAUAAAGAAACUUCCUCCAUCCAAAUCCAGUCGUAAAGACCAAUUUCACAAUAUUUAAGGUGUGUCCACUGACUCUCCCCCCCUCCAACAAUGUUCUUAAAGACAAACAGUUAAGUGUAAUGGGCGCACAAAAUUCAACAUUGUUUGGGGGAGGGGAGGGAAGGGGUCAGUUUGAUUCUUAUCAUGAUGAGUGCCCUAACCUCUAGUGAAGACCAUUUUCCACCAUUUUUUUUCACUUCACCAGCACCAUGACCGCGGCCGGCGACGAAACAUUUUUCGCGCCAUAUUUCUAUAAACGCCCCGGAAAGAAGGGAGCACUGUUACCAACUAUAUUAAGGAUGGACCGAUAAAUUUGGAUGCCACAGGAUGUUUCAGUAUAAUAUGACGAUAAGUGUAAGACUUUUUCCGAAUUUUAACUCUUGGCAUUGUUGGGAGUUAACAGGCUUUUUGUUAAUGCGGUCACAGGUGAUUGACAAUAAGGAAUUCCAUUCCCUAAUCCUGGAGGACGCUUCCUCUGUACAAGGCCGUCAAGAAACAGACUCCAUCCCAGUAGUGGACGACAUCCGCUUCCAUUUAUAUAAGGUUGUUCUUCCUAUUAACGGCGUGUUAGAUGAUGAUGAUGAGAUCGUUGUGGAUGGUGAAAGCAGACUGCAGAUGUUAGAGACGUUGUUGCAGAAUCUUGGAGUGGAAUGUUAGAAGACUUCACAUUAGAAAACCGCCUUUUCUUCAGCCAAAUCGCCUUGUCUUUUCCACUUUUUUCUUAAUAUAGGGUUCUGGGAGUGAGUUCUCUCUCCUCCGCAAAGGCUCCCGCAGGGUCCGGGUAUUCC